AUGCUCACUUGGGAGAUUUCCAUUAUGGUUUUCCAGGACUUGAAGAAUCUGAGGAAACAACUUUACUCGGCUGCAGAUCGUUUCGAGUCAUCCUACAACAAAACCGAUCACAACCAAAUUGUGAUUCAACUGUCAAAAGAUUACAUUGCAAAAGCUCUCGUGAGUACCGUUGAUCACUUGGGCUCCAUGGCCGAUAAGCUCAACAAGUCGUUGAAUGAAAGGGCCAGCGAAUUUUGUUCAGCCGAUGCACAAUUUGCUUUCAUCGAGCAGUUUCAAGGAGCAAGAAAGAAGCCAUUGGGUCAGCCAUUGUUGAGAAACUUUGAAUAUCAAACAGUAGUNUCGUUCACAAAAAUUGUACCCAACAAGGAAGCAGAAAAAAUCGGGAGGCGCUCGAUUUCACCAUUUCGCUUAAUCCCGCGCAAUCGGCCAGCUUCCGACACGAAAAGAUCACUUUCUCCAAAUCUGAUCAGUAGACCGAGGUGGCCAUCAGAGCCAAGGAGGGCAGUUUCGGAAUGUAGAAGACAACAAGAGACGAAAAACAGAGAUAAAAAGGAGAUGGAAACUUACACAACUUCGGCAAGCAAACAACUGUUCAAGGCCUUGAUCAACGUCCACCGAUCGGGAAAAGAUAUUUCACACGAACGCAUA